UGAAGGUGCCGCUGAUUAGAAUCAGCUGUGUUAAGUGUGGUCUCAGAGUCCUGCUGUAUGCUACUUUAGCAGCGUUAGCUUUAGAAAUGUUCAGGUGAGUCUCCGCUCCACAUUGUGCUGCUGUCCGGAAUAUUAAUGCCUCUCUCUGAUGGAGGGACGGCAGCUCGUGGACCGAGGGGCCCGACAGGAACCGAGGGGACGUGGAAGCACCGAGAUGGAUGAUAACGAGAGGACCGGCGGCCAAGGACACGAGGACACCGAACGGGAACGGAGACGACUAGGCGAGGAGAGGAAUAAACGUGGGGACGGGGGAACGAGGACGUGUCGGGGUACGGGGACGAGGAGAGACGAGAUGAACGAUGGGAGAGAAGUGAAGGAGCGAGCAGAGGACGCGUGUGAGGGACGAGGACGGGAGGAACCGGAGCCAAAAAUAAGGAGGCGAAGGGGACGAGGAGCUGGAGGUGAAGGACGUGAUGAUGGCCGGGAGCGAGAAGAUAAGAUGAGAGCAGAACGGAGAAAAUAGGGGACAGACGACUCUCCAAACCAUUAGGGAAUCGGAUAUGACUAAACAGAUUUUUGGGGGCUCUUU